CAUCCCCGACCCCUUCCCAAAUGUGGUUGCUCGGCCAGGGACCUGACGAAUGAGCGAACGCUGGGCUCUGGGAAUCCGUUCCCGGGCUGUUGAGGGAGGCCUAGAUUAAUUUCAAGUUUCAUCUUUCUGUAAUUAAAUACGCUGCAGUUCCAUUCAAUAACCAGUCUCUUACGAGGCCUCUUAAAGAGAUCUCUCCCUCCAGGAGGGAUUAUUAACUCCAGAUUGACUGCAGGGUUCAAUUCCCGCUGCCCCAAAGAGCACUGUGAAGAAUUACACUGUGAGCACUCGGGGCCUAUAACAGAAGACAUCAUGUUUGCACGUUAAUUUCAGUAGUAUAAGUCGUGCACUUCUGAACGUGCUCCCAAUCCCGAGGUGCUGCUUUUAGUAGAAAGAGCCCGGCCCAAUGCUUUCCGGGCCUUUCCCGAAACCGGAAAUGAAGCCUGUUGUUUGCCUUGAGGACUGCGUUCCUCGUCCAGGACUUAACAAAGGCUCCUGCGCCUGCCUUGAAGUGUUUUGUUUUUCAUGUCUCCCGAUCUCCUAAGAAUGAGAGUUGGCUGUUAAAUGGCGCGUGGGAAUCACAGGCGAGGCCUGUUGGGAAGGGUGUGUGUGUGUGUGUGUGUGUGUGUGUGUGCGCGCGCGUGCGCGCGCGCUGGUACUCUGUAGCGUAGAUUUGGGUAAUACUUAGAGCUCCCUGGAAACAGAAUGGGAAAAGUGAAGUCGGGAGCUUGCUGAUAGUUCAGUCACGUGCUUGAUUCAGAAUUACUGGUGAGGAUGAUGGAGGGAAACUUUUUACUCCUGAAGAAUAUGAAGAAUACAAAAGAAAAGUUUUACCUAUGCGCUUACAGAACAGGUUAUUUGUGAGCUGGCGGUCCCCAACUGGAAUGGAUUGCAAACUUGUUGGCCCAGAGACACUGUGUUUUUGUACACAUAGGUAUAAACAACAUAAAACUGACUUUGAAACAAUUCCUCAGCAGCGCCCCAUCGCCCUGCCAUGCCGCGUGACUGGCUGCCCGUGCAGGGCUUACCAUUACGUCCCUCAGAAUGGGGCGCAGCACAUUCGCUGCAGGUGCAAGCACUUUGCAGACCAGCAUAGUGCUGCACCUGGCUUUGCAUGUAACACAUGUUCCAAGUGUUCAGGAUUCCAUAGCUGUUUCACUUGUGCGUGUGGUCAGCCUGCAUAUGCCCACGAUACGGUGGUGGAAACAAAGCAAGAAAGACUGGCUCAGGGAAAACCAGUGGGACAGGAUGUUUCUUACGCAGCGAUGGGAGGGCUAACUGGUUUCAGCUCCCUGGCAGAGGGCUACAUGCGAUUGGACAGCAGUGGGGUCGGUGCGCCUUCAGUUGAAAUUUUAGACUCUCCAGUUACAUCCCUGGAUCACGCAUUUCUAAAAGCAUUUCAAGCAUCAUCUAUAUCUCCAGAAACAUUGACAGAUGGUAUUGAAAUUAGAAUGAGAAAUAUUUUUGGAUGUAAUAAGAAAAUAGGGCUUCUGAUUUGUUUUUUAGCAGGUACAAGUAGCCAAGUUUCUUCCUUAAGGAGACCAGAAGAGGAUGAUAUGGCUUUUUUUGAAAGACGAUACCAGGAAAGGAUAAAAAUGGAAAAGGCUGCUAAGCACAAAGGAAAAGCUCCAUUGCCAUCAACUACAAAGCCUUCAUGAAGUCUCUUGGACAAUUAAAAUCAUCAUCCAAAUAUAUCUUUUUCAUGCUUAUUUAACUGUAAUAAUAGAGUUUAUUUUCUCUUUUACUUUUUUAAAUGAGUAAAUGUAUUUUGGGAUGUUUUCUUAAUUUAUUGAUAUGUGUAUUACCUUAUAUUAUUUUUGAAAAAAUUCAUGAUUUACCAAUUUAUAUGUGCACUUUUCACUUUCUUAACAAAUGAUAUUUUAUGAGUCAAACCUUGAAAGUACAAUAUUUUUAGCCUGUUAUAAUUUAAAUGUUUUCAGGUUAUUUAAAAAUUGCAGGGGCUGGGGGUUUAGCUCA